CUCCUGUUGAUGGGACGUCUGUCCUGGGCAUUUACAUUUUUUAUAUUUACGUAUAUAUGUACCUAUAUUUAUUCAUUAUCUACAAUAUUUAGGACAAUGUUACUUGGAACGUGAAGACAAUACAAACUACUGCCUCUUGUGACUUCCUUGCAAAACCUUUGUAAUACCGAUUUCUUAGAAACUUGUUUGAAUGUGUUGCUGCAGGUUGGUUUGAUUUUUAUUCUGUCAUUAAAUAAUAAACAUAACGUGGAUACAAAAUAAGCAGGCUACUGGUGUAUUUUUUGCUGAAUAGGCAAUAUUAUAAGGAGCAAUAAUAGCUACUGCUUUUUUUCCAGUAGCCAAGUUGACUUGCUCUAGUUUUGCACAGAGCAUUUUCCUGUCAAGGUGGUUACCGGUGCACAGGUAGCCAUGUUGGGGUAGGAGUCAACAACACGCAGCCUUGAUGGGCAGGUGCGUUACCUGUGGCUCAUUCAGGAAGCACUUUUGCGGGCUCUGCUUCCACCGCUGACUGACAGAGUCCGUAAUGAAUCAGACGACGGAAAAUACCUAGUUUCCCCAGUCAUUGCAUAAUUCUUUCCAAUCUGCCUUUGUUUCGGAGCUCGAGCCUGCGAUCAGUCCCUGUUUUGGUGGCAGACGGAAGUGCUUCCUGAUAAUAAAGAGGUGCGUCUUAUUUCCAUUCCAGUGAAUGAACUGCGCACGGCUUUCACCGCCGGAGCUGGGGGCAUUGACGCAUUGUGGAGUCGACAGGGGGUAGCACUGCAACCCCGGCUUCGCUACACAACGGAGGCAUCUAUCGGCGAAACCGCGAUGGCCGUGGUGCAGCUCGACACGGAGGACCAUCAACCGGAGAACGGCUUCGUGUCCCCCGAAACCACGUCGCCGGGGCUGCUGACACGCAUCGACGGUUGUGUCCUGCCAUUUCUCGGGGGAUUUGGGAAGUACCAGAAACAGCUGAUCGUGCUGACAUGGAUUCCGGCGUUAUUUAUUGGAUUCAGCCAAUACUCUGAUAAUUUCCUCCUUGCCCAGCCGAACAACACAUGUGUCCAGCCUUUGACAAACCUGACUAACCACACUGCGGGCCAUUCCUCGUUGUUAGACAGUCCAAAAAAUAUCAGCGCGCGGCCGGCUUACAGCCAUGCCAAUGGAAGUUACAGCACCCACAAUGACACCACCAACAUGCAGUGUAGGUGCAGUGAGUGGACAUUCGAGCUGCACACUGGACUUGUGCAGAAUGUGGUUACCAAGUGGAGUCUGGUGUGUGACUCAGCAUGGAAAGUCCACAUUGCAAAAUUUUCUCUGUUGGUGGGAUCCAUCUUUGGAUACCUGGUGUUUGGAGUCCUUGCUGACUGGUUUGGCCGCCACCCAGUGCUGAUCAUAUCGGUGCUGUUCAUGCUGGUGUUUGGUCUGACUGUGGCCUUCUCUGUCAACGCCCCCAUGUUCAGCACCUUGCGCUUCUUUGAGGGCUUCUGCCUGGCAGGGAUUACCCUGUCCCUCUACGUCCUCAGGAUUGAGCUGUGCCUGCCAGGGUGCCGUUUCUCCAUGACCAUGGUGGCCAGUUUUGUGAUGUUGGGUGGUCAGCUUCUGAUGCCCGGGAUGGCAUACCUCUGUCGCGACUGGCAGGUACUCCAAGCUGUCAUCAUCUGCCCCCUCCUGCUGAUGCUGUCCUACAUCUGGAUCUUCCCUGAGUCACUGCGUUGGCUGCUGGCCACUCAGCAGUACUGCCGCUCCAAGUGGAUCAUGGGACACAUAGCGAAGAAAAACCGAGUGAACAUGGAGCUUGACGCCGAUAAUAUCCUCACAGAACUGCAGAAAGCUCUUCAAAAGAAACCCAAAAAGACAUGCAUUGUGAAAAUGGUCGGGACGAGGAACCUGUGGAAGAAUAUCGUUGUGCUGUGCGUCAACUCGCUAACAGGCUAUGGGAUCCACCACUGCUUUGCCCGCAGCAUGAUGGACCCUGAAGCUCAGGAGACGACCAUGUUCCAUAACUUCUAUGCAGAUUAUUACACUAUGGCAGGCAUUGCGGUGGCAUCCUGCAUGGCGCUGUGCCCAGCAGUGGGCCUGAUGGGCCGGCGGGGUGGUCUUCUCAUGUUUAUGAUCAUAACCGCCCUGGCAUCAUUGCUGCAGCUGGGCCUGCUCAAUUUGCUGGGGAAGUACAGCGGUCAUCUGAAUAUAGAUAACUCAAGUGCACUGAAUAAGAACUUCUCUAUCGCCUUCUCCAUCAUCGGCAUGUUCUCCUCCCACGCAGUCAGCAACUUGAGCAUCUUCUUCUGUGCUGAGAUCACACCCACAGUGAUCAGGGGUGGUGGUCUGGGCCUGGUCCUGGCCAGUGCCGGCUUCGGCAUGCUGACUGCACCCAUCAUGGAGCUCCACAAUCAGAAGGGCUAUUUCCUUCACCACAUUAUCUUUGCCUGCUGCACUCUCAUCUGUAUCAUAUGCAUUCUCCUGCUGCCCGAAACACGCUACCAGCCCCUCCCCGAGACCCUGGCUGAUGGCGAGAGCUACACUCGUCAACCUCUCCUCCCCCCGAGGAAACCUGGAGAACAGCGCCUCUUGCUGCCCCAAUCUGAGAGCAGCAGGGACUACACCAGGGUGCAUGACACGCCACUCCAUGAAGCAGCCACCAUCGCAGUGUCCACUAUGGACUCCACCGCCUCUUCGGCUGUUGAUUUGACCGUUCCGUCGGUCGGAGAUAUGUCCGCUCCAACAUUCAUGGAGGUGCACCCUGGCAAGCCUGAGCCCAAAGACCCCAACGGUCUCUCAGUUUCAUCGUUAUCCACGGCCCCCAUCACAGCCCUGGGUAAAGACGGCAUCAUACAUGCCAGUAAAGAGCACCUGCUGUCUUCCACUCCUUUACACAUAGCCCCAUGCAUCACAGACUCACUUUUAGCCAAAGCCGAAGAACCUCCAGCAAAAGUCUUGGAUCCGGUUGAUCCACUGACGGAUUCUGCUAUUCCUAAAAUGAAUGACAUUGGUCCCUCCGCUACAAAAGAGUCAGCCGCUAAUCAUGCCCCUUCAUUGGACUCUUCCACUCCCCCUACCCCUCCAACUGUGCCUGCCUCCUUAUUGAUCUGCACCACGCCCAUCAUCGAACCCCCGCCUAGCUCCACAUUAGAAUCGCCCAACCCACUGGGUAAUGAGAUCGACAGAGUCACCCUGAAAUUAGACCCACCUUUGCUAGAGGACACUCACGCCACUUUAGCAGACUCCCCUACUCCAUCUAUGAAAGACAGUCUUCCUCCAUCCCCGACCCCCUCUCCUGUUCCGAUGACAGAUUUCAACAUUUCCACUUACCCUCCACCCUCCAUUAGCGCACUCUCUGACAUUCACAUCCAGUUAGAAAUAGUAGACGAAUCUACACCUAGUCCUUCCACUAGAGACUCCCCCAUACCUCCUGUCAUAGACUCCCAACCGCCACAGUUAGACUCUACCUCUCCCUAUGUUAAUGAUAUAUCUCCUUACUCCCCUGCUCCACCUAGCCCACUCACUGUUUCCCCUUCACCCACUCCCCCUCCACCCACUGACUCAGUCCAUAUGCCCUCAGUGGACUCCUCCACUCCCUCUGUCAUAGAUACUGUCAACAACACCGCACCGAUUUCUACCAUUCUUCCUGUCACAGACAUUGUGCACACCUCCGCUCCAGAAUCAGCCACUCUUACUGUCACAGACAUUGUUCAGCCCACGCAGGAUUCAGCUGCUUCCCCGGCUAUAGAUUCCGUACCAAUUUCCACUAUGGAUUCUGGCUCUACAGAAGCAACUCCCCCCUCUCUAAUGGACUGCACCGUUUCCUCCCCCAUAGACAUUGGUGUCCUUUCUAUCAGGGACAGUUCCAGCACAGAAAACAACACUGUCAAUGGCGUGCCGUCGUCAUGAUCCAGUGUUGCAGCCAGCAAAAGGGGCUUUACGGUUGCCGAGGAAGCAGCCUACGCCACGUGAAUAUGAAGGGGGCACAAACUGUCCUGCUCAGACUUCAGGCACUCAAUGAAGACUGUCCCCACCCGGAGUUGAGUAGACAUCUCCUACAGAGCUGCUGUACGUUUCUCAAUGUCCCCCUCUUCCUGCAUUUAGCCAAUAAAUAAGACCACGCAAGUGAGAGAGUGCCAGAGGCUGGUUUGUGACAAUGUGACAGUAUCUUCUGCUCUUUUUGAAUGUCACUGGAAAUCACCAGCCUAUAAACUACUUUGAUGUAAAUGAAUGGGAAAUCACUGUCUGUCAUUUUAAAGAGACUCACAACUAUACCCACAAUCACUGAGAGGACUGGUGAGAAAUACAAUGAUGCAAAACCACAAACAAAUGACAUUUAAAAAAAUCAAAUCAGUGGUACUUUUGCUCAAAUUAAAUGUUCUUCUAACAUAUUUGUGUAAAAAUAUCACCUUACCUGUAUUGAUUAAAAAAAAAGAAUCUGAAUGUUACAAAGUAUUUUUUGCCAUUACAGAGGUAAACAAUCCAAAUUGGAGUGAUUUUUCUAAAUGCAACGCCAAAAAACUUCUCUGACCAAAAUUAAAUGUAGACCUAGUGCCAAAAAAUUAGUAUAAAUACAGUAUUUGCCUGUUUGGGUAAAUAAUUUUGAGUGCAGUCCCCUGCCAUAGACCGUAUGUGGAUUAAAGUGAAUCAGAUGAACCCAAUUCCAAAGUUCAGAAAUAGAGGCAUUGCAUUAUUCAUCAAAUUAAUAAGACUGAAAUACUAUAGCACCAUUUGAUAAAUUAUAUUUGAGAGAUGAAAUUGAGGUUGUUCAAUUGCUUUCAUCAACAUGUGGUUCAUUGUAAGAGUAGAGAAAAGAAUGACCCAUAUUUUGUCGGUCUGAAGAAACUUUUAUUUUUCCAAUCGUUUCAGUCAAUGAAAUUUAUGGUAUGCAAAUGCUUUUAUUUGUAAAUGCGAUAUUGUAGGUAAAUGUCUAAUUAGUUGUUGAGCUUGAUUCAGUCUUUUUUUUUCAAUUCAAAGUAUUAUUUUGAAUAAUCUCCCAUGGCGUGCCCUUAUUGUACAAACAUAUACUUCAUUCUUACAGUAUUUGGGGCACCUCAGUGUGGUGGCACCUUACUCUUUGCAGUUGGGACAAAGCAUGAAAAUAAUUGUGAAUGUGUCAGCAAAACAAACUCGCAAACCUUAAAAAGACACAAAAGCUAUUUUUAAAGUGAAUCCAAUGAAUGACAAAAUGUUCGAUGUGAUUGCCAACUGUCACCGCAUCACUAACCUUCAGUGUGUUUUCCAAAUCAUGUUCUGACAUUAACGUAGUUUAUGUAUGUCAGUGUCUUAAAACAUUCACAUGCACAACUAAGUUUACCUUUUAAAAAACGCAAUAUUUCAUAUAUUUGUUAAAAUGACAUUUUAAAAUACAGGUCAAGUCCUUAUUUAUAGAUGGAUUAACCUAUUCAUAUUCUUCAAUUGACAGAUUCUUCCUUAAGAAGCUACUUUCUCUUCCAAAGCCUCUGUCCACCUUUGGGCAGCGUUAUACUUGACUUAAUACUCUGUGUAACUUGACAUUUGUAGUUACAUACUUCAUGCAUUGGAGGUUGUAAUAUUUGUCAGAGAAAGAUGUAUGACGGCGGAUAGACCACUGUUUACAAUGACAAUAAUAAUGAUAAAUAAUAAUAAUCACACUUAUUAGUGUAAAACUUAAGAGCCAACUGACUGAUGUCUUGUCAUUUCAAUGUGAUAAAACCAUCUGGCAGUAUAUCAUACUACAUUUAUCCAGGGAGUAUUGGUGAUCUAUUAAGGUAUCAUUCAGGUGUCACAAUAAUGUGGGACUCUUAUGAAGAACCUUACGGGUACUUUACUCACCAUAAUUCUCUUUUGCUUUUAUCUAAGUCAAAUGUGCACUGACAAAGGCUACAUAUCUUUUGGUAGCUGGAUGAUUGAGCAGAAUUGCAGUUGUUUUCCUCAAAUGCAGCUUGAAUCAAAGUAUGAAAGCUCUUUUUUUUUCUCAGUGGAUUCAUGAUGAUCUUUAAAAUAGUUCAUCAAGUCAACAAACUUUUAACAAAAUUUAGUGAAACAUUCAUUUAAUGUGUAACAUACGUAUGCCAUGCUGCUAAGCCUCAAAGCACAAUGCCCUGCAAUCAUGUGAUGUCAAAUUUGGUGGAGCUUGGCGUCUUGACAAUUUAAAAAAAAAAAAAAAAAAAAAGGGAAAAUGGAGUGGGAUUUUGAAUACAAUGCAGAAAUGACUAGUUACACAUUAACUUUUGCAAUAGACCCACAUGUAAUCUACUUUGUGGAACAGGGUGUUGACACUGCAUUUAAUAAGGAAUUCUUGGCAUCUGCAGUAGAGAGUGCGUUGACUGCAGUGGUCAGUAUCUUCAUAUCACUCUUGAGUCCUCAAUGUCUGUGACUGUUGGUAUCUCUGACUCAGUGUACAUUCUGCAGAAAUUGAACUGUGUAUCGCCAAAACCCAAUACAACACCAGUAGAAAGACAAUAACGCAGCACAAUACAUCCAGUGUCUUCUCUGAUAUCUGUUGCUUCCAUUUUCACAACUCCCACCUAGUUUUCAUGGUGCUGAUGGGAGAUAUUACACCCAUAAGCAUUUGGUUUAACUUUAUCUAGAGUAAAAUUAAAGUAAAAGCAGUCCAAAGCAAUGUUGGCACCAGUGAUAGGUUGACUAAGGAAACAGCGAUGGGUGGAAAAGCAAAACAAAAAGAAGAAUGGGUUAUGCCUUUGUAAAUAGUGAAUGUGUGGAGAACACCCAUCUUCAAUAAGAUGAAGGAAGAAGAUCAUAGAUCAUAACAUAGACAGGUUAAUAGUUUUAAAUUUGGUAGAUAAAAGUCCCAAGUGUACACAUGUCAGGUUUUGCUUCUCUAAACCGCGCGACUCCGAAUCCCUUGAUGGGAAAUUCGAAUGAAUGUAAAAACCAUGGAUUGUACCAUUUAUGAUUUCUGAUUGUUUGGUUUCAUUUUGUUUUCGUCUUAACAGACAUAAUGCACUUGUAUAUAAGCCAUACCUGUUGUUAAAAUAAACCACUAUUUAUUGAUCAACUAUG